GGUGCUGGGACUGAUCUGAUGUCAGUUCUCAUACAUGGAACCGUCCACUUCCUCCUCGCUGUUACAAUUGGCCUGAGGAAACUCUGCCAAACACACACAUUGCAGCAUUUCUCUGCUUCCAGUUGUGAAGCAGGAUGAAGUAAGAGGCGGGUCUGUGUUCUGCACAAAGACACAAACUUCAGCUGGAAAAAUGAUCCUCCUCAAACUCACACAGGGAUUCUGAGCUGCAACAAAAGGACCAAAAGACGGAGAAUGCUCAGCUUCAGGCUCGUCUACAUUUUCUCAUACAACCUCUUUCAGUUCUGUGGGCACACAUGGAUCCUGGCUAAUACCAUAGCCAGGUUCUUCACAUUUGGUCAAGAUGCCUUAGCAGACACGUUCUACUCUGUUGGUUUUGUGAUGAGUCUCUGCCAGCUGCUCUCCAUCCUGGAGCUCUUCCAUAUCGCAGAUGGGAUUGAGAAAGCCAGACUCCUUCCUCGCUUCAUCCAAGUCAUGGAGAAGAACUUCCUGUUGAUCAUGGUCAUCAUGCUGGAAGAGGUCCAGAGUAAACCAGUUGUGUGUGUCCAGUUUUUCUUGUGGAACAUUUUGGACCUGUUACGGUACCCACAUGAGCUGCUGCGUGUAAUGGAUACACCCUCCAUCACCAUGCUGUGGACUCGCUACACACUCUGGAUCCCCUUAUACAUCCUGUCAGUUGCCACUGAAGGUGUCACUCUGUACCAGGCCCUGCCGUAUAUUGAGCCAGCUGCACUAAACCCAACACACAUUCACCCCCCUGUAUUCCUGAUGCUCUACCUGCCUGUUCUUGCUCUUGGAGCCUCUGUGACAAUCUGGCAGCUGCUGAAGGAGAGACAAUACCACCUGGAGAAAUGGAAGAAGAAGAUGAAAAGGAAAUAAAUAAAACUAUUUAAAAGAACUAAAUGGUUGGACCAUUUCAGUCUUUCUGUAACAUCUUCCUGGAACUUCCUGGAAAGUCUGUUACUUUUUUUUAUUCAGUGAGUUUGAUUUGUUAAAUGUGUAUUUUAGAAAACCCAGAAGCCACAAAAUGAAAUUUACCAACAGACCAUUCAAAUUUUCUGUUACACUUUUAAUAGAAAUACUAUUUGACAGAGCACAUUCCUGUUAACAUCAGCGUCAUGUAUGACUGAAGCAGAGCGACGGCAGCGGUGGAGUUUUUCUAUUUGAAAGUCUGUGGAGCUGCAGUGUGCCUCGACACAUUCAGACAUCACAUCACUGUCUCCACAUCCGACAGGCUCAGGAAGGAGAGAUACAGCUCGUGUGUUACAGCUCCAGCAUUGUUUUUGUCGUGAAGACCCUCAGUAUGCAUCGCUGUGGUUACGAUAUAAUUACCAGCCAUAAGCUCUGGUCCACACAGCUUUCUUCUUGAACUCAGCGGAGGACUUCAGAGCCAACAGAGCAGCUGAAACAACAACACAGGCACCAUCAGAUAAGCCACUCAUUUGUACCAACAGUGUGUUUGUUGCUUUUGUGAAUGUGUGACGUACUUGUAAGAGGAAGGAAAUCAUGUGUGUUUCAGGAGUUUUCAGUUGUGUUUACAUUCAGUACUCACCAUAAGCCAUUGUGUGUAUCCUGGAGGCCUAACACACGUGACUGCAAUACCUCCCGCAUAAAAGUUUCUUAAGUAAAAUUUCAGUCUCGUUUUCAUCAUGAAUUUGAAUUCAGCAGCAGCUGUUGUUCAGUGGAACAGACACUAUAACUGUUGACUUGUCUGUCUGUCUGUCUGGUUUGCUAAACGUCACAGUGUCCAACACUCCUAUGUUUGCGUGUCAAUACCUCAGAGGAGCUUUACAUUUUAAACUACUGCUAUGUCUGAGCAGUGUGUAUUGUAUUUGUAUGUAUUUGUAUGAGUUGCUGCAUUU